AUGAGUAAUGAAAUUCUUCCAAUAAUAUUUCUUGAGAAUUAAACCUAAAAACAACUUCUUGGGACAUCAAAAACAUAAUUAUACUUUAAAUAAAAUAAGACAGGAUCAAUCACUUAAUAUAUUAGAAAUGAUAAGAAUUCAUAAAUUGAUCAAUAUUUAAAAACCGAAAAUGACUCUUAUGAUAAUAUGGUAAGUUAAUUACAUCAAUAAAGAUAACUUAGAUUACCUCCCACAUAAGUUAUUAAUAAAUUAAGAAGAUAAAAAAUGAAUGUAGAUAAAAUACCAAAACCAAAAGCUACAAAAAUGCCGAGACCUUCAUAUUAAAUUAAUCUUAAUACUAAGGACAAAACAAAACUCUAAUAACAGAUAUGCAAUUAUGUUUAAUAAGCAAAUAAGUUAUAAUAAUAUAAACUAUCAUAAAUUCAUUCAAGAAGACAAGACUUUAAGCCAUAUUUUAAUUUUGAGGAAUUUUCAUAUAUGGAUGAGAUAUUUCCUCAUUCAAAUCUAGUAAAAAAAAAAUUUGGACUGAAUGAAUAAAUAAUGUUCAGAAAUUCUAUGGGCUUAGAAAAAGUCAUUUUAUAAAGAAUUAUUUAAGCAUAAUAAGAUGAUUGUUUUUGA